GAUUAUUGCUGACUUAAGCAUCGGAGUGUCUACCCCGAGUUCCACCUCGGGGCUUUGCAGGUCGUUCCGAAGUGCAAGCGCGGACUGAAGAAGGACUUCGGGUUUGGUGCAAUUACAGCUGCCUAACACCUCUACUCUCAAUUGAACCCUCAAAUCAAGUCAUAUCUCUGUGUAGAUCAGGAGAUUGAGCCAUGUCAGAUUUGGAUUCUGGGCCCCACGACAGAUUAGCACUUGUGUUGGCAAAAAAGAAGAGUCCAGCACACUCAAAAGGGGAGAAUGAGCCAAUCAUUCCACCACCAUUGUCACCAAUACUUGGGGAACACUCUUUUGUCAAUCCUACCUUCAACAAGGAUAGUGAAUCUGGAGAUGAUGUUGCUCAAUCUAGUGAUUCCCUUAUGAAAGCUGUGUCAGAACAGAUUAGCAUCAUGAGGCGUACACAGUUGAAAUCUGAGUCAAGAGCUCAACAAAGAAGCCAAGAGCGACCUAGAGAAACAUCUGAGGCCUUUCUUGCUAGAUUUCAGAAGGCCAAACUUAAGUGCAGAGUGGCCUUGCCAAAACAGGAAUUUGUUAAGUUGGCACAAAAUGGUCUGGACAUUGAGUUAAGGAAAAAGUUUGAGGGAAUGGAAUUUUGUGAUUUCUUUGAGUUGUCUUACAAGGAUAAAAUUGACAAGGGAAUUCUACGCUUUCUAGAUAAGGCCAAAGAAACUAUGGAAGUUGAUGCAGAUCCUUUUCCUAGCAUGUAUGUUGGGGUGAACGCGGUAGAUCUUAGGAGUAUUGCCAGAGACAGAAAUCAGCCGUACCAUAGGCGUAGACUUGUAGUUGAUGAUUUGAGGUGGGUCAUUGAAGAGGCAAGGGCUCAAGUUGGUUUGAAGGCGAAGUUUGACGUGUCAGAUAAAGUGAAAAAUUCAUCAGAUGUAAUCUGUUUUGGUGAGUUUUCUGUGAAUCUAUCUUGCUUGGUGAUCACUCUUCCUUUGGUCUUUCAAGCAAGAGAGCAGUCAGAAUUUGUAGUCUGUCACCAGACAGAUUUGACUAAGGAAAAAGAAGUCAUUGAGAUCCCAACUAAGGAAGAUGGUGGUAUGGAUUCAGCAGAUAAAAUCAUUUUCGAAAAACCAGAAGAGAGGAUGGCAAGACAUAUCAGGCCAUUAUACAUUCAUGCACAUCUGGAUGGUAUGCCGAUAAAUCGAGUUCUGGUUGAUAAUGGAGCAGCUGUCAAUGUUUUGCCAACUUGUAUUCUACACAAAAUUGGCAAAUUUUUGGGUGAUUUAAUGGAGAUAGAAGUGACAAUCAGUGACUUUACUGGUGGAAUAAAUCGCUUAAGGGGAAUUCUGCCAGUAGAACUUACCAUUGGAAAUAAAACUCUCAUGUGUGCAUUCUUUGUGGUUGACACCACUGCCACUUAUAAUGCAUUGCUUGGGAGAGGUUGGAUACAUUCCAACUGGUGUGUUCCUUCAACUCUGCAUCAGAAAUUGAUAUUCUGGAAUGGUGGUAGAACUGAAGUCAUGACAGCAGAUGACAAUCCGUUUGUGGCAAAUACCAAUGUAGUGGAAGCUCGUUAUUGUGAUGAAGAUAUUGGGACAUGUCGUUUCUUUUGGAUGGACCGUUAUGGCAGACCUUCUGGAGUUACUGCUUGCACCAGAUCUGCAAUGGACAAACAGACUGUGAAGGAGGUGUUGAUGAACUACUUCGGCCUACAACAAUUAUCUGAAGUAGUCUAUGAAGGUGAAGAGGAAGACUUGAAGGAUCAAAUAACUUUGGAGGAAUUAGAUCUGGCACUAGCGAAACUCGAUGAUCUAAAGAUAGAAGUACAAGAUCCCUUAGAGGAGGUAAAUCUAGAAUGGCAAGCUGAGAAUCUGUGUAGACUUCAGAAAUCUGAAUCUAGCAACACCAAAGAUGAAUAUCCUAUGCCUAUUGCAGAUUUAUUGGUGGAUGGUGCAGCACGCCAUCGAAUUGUGUUAUUCAUGGAUGAUGCGAUAAAGUAUAUAUUGUCUCGACCACUGUUGAGAGACAAAAUUGGAAAAUGGGUUUUGGCUUUAUCAGAAUUCUACCUGAAGUACAUGCCUCAAAAAGCUGUCAAGGGGCAAGUUUUGGCAGAUUUCCUAGCAGAUCAUCCACGCCUAGAAGUAGAAGCGGUGAGGAAAAAGCUAGAUUUUAAUUGUACCAACAACCAAGCUGAAUAUGAGGCAUUGAUUAUUGGGUUGGAAGUGUUGGUAGAACUCAAGGUACCCAUGAUAGAAAUAAUUGUACAACUCUUGGAGGAAUUUGAUGAUGUAAUCUUGAGGCAUGUUACUCGAGAUCUAAACACAGAAGCAAAUGAGAUGGCACAAAUCGCCCCAGGCUUAAAAAUCUCAGAAGGCGUGAUGAGCAGAAUUGUUGUUGUGGAAAAACAAAUUCUGUCAUCUAUUCACAUGCGUGACAUGGAUUCUUUUGGCCAUCGAUCUUUGAAAGAUUGCAUCAGCUAUGCUAAAGGUUGCAAAGCCUACCAGAUUCAUGGACCACCACAGAAAGUUCCAACGUCAAAACUUCAUCCAAUCAUCAAACCAUGGCCAUUUCGAGGAUGGGCCAUAGUGUUGUACCUAUGAUUUUGAUGAUUACAAAACACAUUUGAGUAACUAAUUGGUUUAUUUAAGUGUGUAGUUAAGUUGCUAAAAGAUUGCAAGUAAACUUGGAUUGCACUAAAAAUAGACCAAAAGGAUUCAA